GGGACACCCUCGGCUGCACCGUGACCCUCUCCCGGUGUUUCGCUCUCCCCUGUGCCUCAUCCGUGGAGCGGCUUCCUGUAAGUGGAGAGUGCGCAAUGGUUUGGAGCCCUUCAGUCAAGGGUCAUCGUUAUCAUGAUUGAUUUUACCACUUUAAUCACAGAUAAUUACGGGAUGUGCUGCUCAUUGGUGUGCUGUGUCAGGAGAUGGAUUGGGACCAGUUUGACUUGAACCCUAAAACAAUUGCUGCCCUGAAAAAAGCUGACAUAAAAUCAGUAAAAGAGAUUUUAAACCUCUCUGGAGCAGACUUGCAGAGAUUGAUGAAGCUCUCCAGUGCAGACAUCCAGUGCCUGCUGAAAACAAUCUCUCAUACCCUGAGAAGGAACAGCAUGCUCACAGCACUUCAGCUCUACCAAGAUAAAGAUCAUUCCACCUCCCAGCACCAGAAGCUGAGCCUGGGAUGUUCAGUGCUAGACAAUUUGCUAAAAGGUGGCAUUCCUUUAGUGGGAAUCACAGAGCUUGCUGGGGAAAGUUCUGCUGGGAAGACUCAGAUUUGUUUGCAGCUGUGCCUGUGUGUGCAGUAUCCGUACAAGUAUGGUGGAUUAGAGUCUGGAGCUGUCUACAUUUGUACAGAAGAUGUGUUCCCAAGCAAACGUUUGCAGCAGCUCAUAGAUCAACAGCAUAAACUGCGUGCAGAUGUUCCACGUGAAAUCAUACAGAAGAUCAGAUUUGGAAACAGUAUUUUUGUUGAGCAGGCAGCAGACCUGGACACCUUCCAGCAGUGCAUCACGAAGAGACUGUCCCUGCUGCUGGCUCGGGGCAUGGCACGGCUCGUGGUCAUCGACUCCAUCGCCGCCCUGUUCCGCUGCGAGUUCGGCCCUGCCCAGUCUGCUCUGAAGGCUCGCUACUUGCAGACCUUUGGGGCACAGCUUCACAGCCUGAGCACCAGGUUCAGGACUCCCAUCAUGUGCAUUAACCAGGUGACGGAUGCAGUGAGCGAGUCAGAAGCUGCUCAGUGCAGUUGUAGGAUAGUGGGUAGCAGAGUCACUCCAGCACUUGGAAUAACCUGGUCCAACCAGCUGCUGAUGAGACUGAUGGUCAGCCGGACAUCACUGCCUGGCCCCUCACCUGGAGCAGCAUCACACAGCGCUGGAAGCGUGAGGACUUUGAGUGUAGUGUUUGCUCCUCAUCUCCCUCCAUCCUUUUGCUGCUACACAGUACAGUUGGAAGGUGUAAAAGGAAUAAAAUAACCCUUUUUCAUAGCAAAGCAACUUGCUCCAAAAACGUACCAGAACUUUGCUUCAGGAAGAAUUACCAGUGAAAUGUAGUUCUUCCUAGAUGAGAGAAAUUGAAGUAUUUGAACAAUGGUAUGACUACAUUUAGCUUUGUCUACAUUGUGAAAGAUGAUCUUUUUACACUUGGAUAUUCAGCUUUUCCUUGUGAGCAGAGUUCUGAGGGUUCUGAGAGAGAGGGAAGCUGUGGGCUGGUGGAAGCUGCCCAGUGGAGUGAGAUGUAGCAAUCUCCACGAUGGGGGAGACCUGAUGUCUAAUUUUAUUUUAAUAGCCUGCUCAUCUAGAAACAGCAUUUAUCUGUUUCCAGACCCAAAGGGACUUGAAAUUGAACCAGUUUAUAUUGCCUGCUGCUGGUUCUGGGUCUCAUGCUGCCAAUGAAAGAUAGCCAUUCUUUGUCACAAAGCAGCUGUCCUAUUUUAAAACCACUUGUUAUUAAAAUUUUAAAGAAAAUAAUACCAUAAAGGUAUUUAACACCUUACUGUAAGAAAAUUAAAAUGGCAAUGCCUUUGUACUAAAUGAGGGUAUCUGGCUUCAUAGCACUCUAAAAAAUUAUUCUAAUGGUUCACUUCCACUCUUUUCCUGCUUUCCAGUCCCUUCACUUCAUAGCAAAAGCUCUUUAGCCUCUUUCAUUUGAAGGACAGCAAACCACAUCCCCCAUCCCCUUGUUUUCUUUGCCCAUUGCUGAAGCUGUGUAGCCUCAGGGCAAGGUCUCUGUUCUUCCUGAUGCUCUGCCCUGUGUGUUUGCUGGAUCAGCAUUCUUCUUGGCCUCUGGAUUGCUGCCUCUCAUGUCCUGUGUCCCUACUGCCGGGCUCUCAGCUCACCUGUGAUCCUGAAGGGCACCUUCAGCUUUUUUCAUCCAUUCAGAUGCGAGUGUUCUUCUCAGGUGAUUUUUGUUGUUCAUUUACAGCUUUCUUCCCGUCUUUGUGCUGUUUGUCACAUUUUUCUGCUAUCCUCAGACCACUGCCAUAACAUCCACUCUUCCUAUGGCUAAGUUUUUCCAUUGCUCUGUUCCAUGUGAAAGCAAGCCAGGUGAAGUUACACUGUCCAAAGGCCUCUGUUCUGUGGGUGCCUGCUCCUAUCAGUGAGUGAUGCUCACUGGUUUCACACGCUCACCAAGCUCUCAUGUUUUCCCUCCUCCUGCUGCUGGCCCAGACAAGAACUCCAUGUUUUUGUGAACUGACAGUGCCUAGGUCUGUCUUUUGGCCAAGGAACCCUGUGUUUGUGAAACAGCCGCUUCCUCUGCCUUUCACCAGUCACGCUCCUUCAGGACAUUCAUCCAUCUUUUCAUGUGGAAGCAUGAAGCUGGGCAGCUGAAAGGAAAAGUUUUGGCUGGCUGUAAACUGCCUCAGCUGCAACUGUGGUAGAGUGCUCAAGGGACAACUGAGUAUGACUCAAGGAAAAGAGAUCCUGCCAAGGGGAGAACAGGCACAGCUUGGAGCUGAAGGAAGGAGACCAUAAGCAAGCAGAAAGGAUGAGCUGCUUUCAGGGCCUUCUGCAACCCUUUCAGAUGUCUCAGGGGCCCAUGUGCAAAGAGCACAAAUUGUGUCCAAAUUAUUUUUCUAAAAUGUCUUAAUUCUCUGUACUUGGAAAUGACUGCACAGAAUUUUUUAAUAAAAUCCAACCAUGAAGCUUA